CUCUGAGACGCUUAUCAUUGGGUAGUGCUUCACUGACAGCUCCAGCAGCCAAUGAUUCUCAAGAGAUAUGGAGCAUCUGCCCAAUCUGGGUGGAGGUCCCUUAGUCGGUGAGGGGGAAGUGGUUCAGUGGAUUUACGCAUCUCGGAUUUUCGGAUAAGGCCCUGAAGCAGACAUGGCUGAGCCAGAGCUGUUGCUGGAUUCCAACAUUCGACUUUGGGUCGUCCUCCCCAUCGUAUUCAUAACGUUUUUUGUAGGAAUGAUCAGACAUUAUGUUUCUAUUCUGCUUCAGAGUGACAAAAAGCUGACACAGGAACAAGUGUCAGACAGUCAGGUUCUUAUUCGUAGCAGAGUCCUUAGAGAGAAUGGCAAAUACAUUUCAAAACAGUCAUUCCUAAUGAGGAAAUUCUUUUUCAAUAAUUCAGAAGAUGGAUUUUUCAAAAAGACCAAGAGGAAGGUGGUGCCCCCCUCCCCAAUGACAGAUCCCACAAUGUUAACAGACAUGAUGAAAGGAAAUGUGACCAACGUGCUUCCUAUGAUCCUCAUUGGUGGAUGGAUCAACAUGACUUUCUCUGGGUUUGUGACAACAAAGGUACCUUUUCCCUUGACUUUGCGCUUCAAACCAAUGCUGCAGCAGGGGAUAGAGCUCCUGUCACUGGAUGCCUCCUGGGUAAGUUCAGCUUCCUGGUACUUCCUAAAUGUAUUUGGGCUGAGAAGCAUUUAUUCGCUGAUUCUGGGACAGGAUAACGCUGCAGAUCAGUCGCGAGUGAUGCAGGAACAGAUGACCGGGGCAGCCAUGGCAAUGCCAGCAGACACCAACAAGGCUUUUAAGACGGAGUGGGAAGCUCUUGAACUGACGGAUCACCAGUGGGCACUAGAAGAUUUAGAAGAAGAUCUCAUGUCUAAAGAUCUAAACCUUGAGGGCAUGUUCAAGAAAGAAGUUCAGACAUCUAUCUUCUGAAGACUGGGCUCUAGAAUCUGGUUCUAGAUGGAAGGUGUUUACAUUAUUUUCAAUGUUUACUGUCCUGUAAAAGGUGCAUUGCUGAUUCAGCAGCAUUUAUUAGGUGUACAGUAGAUACAUUUCUAUCCACCAUAGACUAUCCUUUUCAAAGAUCUUAAUGACAUUUCCAGUAAAAACUAGCUAGAGAUGCUGGGAGUUGAAGUCAUGAAGAGUUAGAUUGCUGACCAAGUCUCUAGCACCUAGCAAUGCAUCUGCAAUCCUAAUGUUAAUUCCAGAUGAUAAGUAAGGCCAUAUUUAUAAAGGUUGUGUCAAAACCAGUGCACAAAUACCAUUUCCAGCACUGCUAUUUACACCGCUGAUUGCUGUGUGCAAUGUAAUAUCUGACAGUUAUACAGCUGUGAAGCUCUGGCAAUAACCAUGUGUAGAAAACUUGUCCAGACACUGUCGUAGUGAGUAAAAUGGCAUAAGAAACUGGCGUAGCUUAGGCACUAUUACUAACUGUGUCCGUUUCUAUGCAACCUUUCUACAGCUGGCCAUACGCAAACACAUUUACUUGUAUGGUGAAGUUGCCAAACAAGCAGAUCUUGUGCUGGGCCGAAUUGGCUCUAAUGAUUGGAUCCUAGGGCCUAGGCAAACCCAAUGGAUGUGGGCCACAUCAGUGCGCCAAAACUUUUCAAACCUAGCUAUGUUAUGGCCAGUUCUGGUAGGCUGUCAGGAGGACCCCAUACUUUGUUAGAAAGUUACUGACUUGGGGGCUGAAUUGGCAGCCAUGAAUGACCAGCUUUAGUGUCGUUUUUUUUUGCCAUUCACUGACUCACUUGACUUUGUCACCUCCAACAAGAGACAACAUUUUUACAUAUUAAAGCAUAAUUCUGCCACACACAUGGGCGCCAGAGUUUUUACUUACUGAAUUUAUGUGCAAAGGGGAAGGCAGCGUUAUUUUUAAUGCUGUGGCUUUAUAAAUAUGCGGUUAUACUAAUUUUAAGCUUUUUUUUUGUGUUUAAAAUGAUUACUGUCAUUAGAGCACUGAUAUGAAUCCUGUUUGUUUUCCCUCAGUCCUACUUUCACUGUGCUGUAAGCUAAACAUUCUCUAAUGUACAAGCAAGAGACCUCACCAAACUGCCUGAUGCAUUUCUGCCUGUACGUUUGUUAUUGAGUUUAUUAGGGGAUGGGGGACUUGCUUCAGCCUGUGCCUACUGCCCAAUACUCACUGCACAUAUACAGUAUUUAUUUAUAGUUACAUCAUCUGCACUGUUUUAUUUUUGAAUAUUUAAUUUCAUACCACAUUUGUGUUUGUGUUUAAACUGCAAUACUGGAUGUUAUCCUUUUUAUUAAAUUGUUUCUUUUCUGUUUA